AUGGUGAAAUUUCUACUUUCCCAUCCAGAGAUCGAUCCCGGUGACGCCCAUCUCUACGCAAUCAGAGAAAACGAGACAAAGAUAGCCGGCAUGAUUUUAGACAAGCUCAACGAGAUAUCACCGGGAUUAGAAUAUGCCAGUGUCACUCAUAGCUCUGAUUUCCCGGACGAGGCUACACCCUUAGCGAUCGCAGCACAGUAUGGUCAUUAUGAGCUUAUUCAAUAUCUGAUCGAACAUCGACUUCAUAGGAUUCAACGACCUCACCCACCUAACUGCAAUUGCUUGAGCGUGUGCAAGUACGAGCACGAUAUUUUACGAGUGGUGAUGCGUCCUUAACAGACGAGAACGUGAAAUUUACGACAGCUUAACGGUGGAUCGAAAACGUAUAUUUCUCUAUCGAGCUAUAUCUAAUCCAGCCUAUAUCUGUU